AUGGGAAGAACGCCUUGCUGUGACAAGAAGGGUUUGAAGAAAGGUCCAUGGACUCCUGAAGAAGAUGAGCUUCUCGUUGAGUAUAUCAAGAAAAACAACCAUGGAAGCUGGAGAACUCUUCCAAAGAACGCUGGUAACAAACAAACAACUCACAUUCUUUCCUUUUUAGGACUUUUGUUUACAAAGGUUCUAUCUUUAUUAGGUUUACUUCGCUGUGGAAAGAGUUGUAGACUGAGAUGGACUAACUAUCUAAGACCAGACAUAAAGCGUGGUCCUUUCACUCCUGAGGAAGAGAAACUCGUUGUCCAACUUCACGCCAUUCUCGGCAACAGGUGGGCUGCUAUAGCAGCACAGCUACCAGGGAGAACAGACAAUGAGAUCAAGAACCUAUGGAACACUCACUUGAAGAAACGUCUGUUAAGUAUGGGUCUUGAUCCCAAAACCCAUGAGCCAUUACCAUCAUAUGGUUUAGCCAUACAAGCUCCAGCUUCACCAACAACACGCCACAUGGCUCAAUGGGAAAGUGCUAGGCUUGAAGCUGAGGCAAGGCUCUCUAGAGAGUCAAUGCUUUUUAAUCCUUCUUCUUCUGGAGGUGGAGUGAAAGCUGACUGUGAUCACUUCUUACGCAUAUGGAACUCAGAGAUUGGUCAGUCUUUCAGAAACCUUGCACCAUUUGAUGAAUCAACUGCUACUAGUCAAAGCCCUUGCUCUAGGACAACAACAUCUUCCUCAUCAGCUGCAGUUCCAAAGAGCUCAACAAACUCUUGUGUUGGGAAAGAGAUUGUUGUGAAGACUCAUCAUGGCUCUGAUUCUUAUUCUCCAUGUUCUAACAAUCUUGAAGAUGUUUCAUCAGACUCUGCUCUUCAGCUUCUGCUGGAUUUCCCCAUAAGUGAUGAUGAUAUGAGUUUCUUGGAAGAGAACAUUGGUAGCUACUCAGAGUCUUCUCAUGUUGGUGUUGUCUCUAUGGGUUCCAAAUUCUAA